AAUGUGAAAGUAAAGCUAAGGAGAGACGACACCAGCAGUAACAGACGUGUUGGACAGCAGCGGAUUUAGUCAUGGACACUUCACAAGAAGAGUGUCCAGUUUGUAAGGACAGAAUAAGAAAUCCGUCUCAGCCUUCUUCAUGCUGUCAAAAAAUAAUUUGCCAGAGUUGCCUGAGUCAGUCUUUACAAUUCAGAGCUCAUUGUCCACACUGCAGAACUCCAGUAGCAAAUGCAUCGCGUCCUGCCACUCAUAGACGGGGAAUUCGGCUGCCUAUCCUGAUCGGGAAUGAUGAAACAUUCAAUCUACAAAGAACAGUUGGCUCAAACAUACAAAAUCGCCUUCUCCAACUUCGAGCUGCUCAAGCAGCACUGCCAAACGCUGCCAAUAUUGUCCCGGCACCUGUCCCGCAACGUCAAGCCCAUCCACUUUCAACUGCUUCUGUUGCCACUACUCCCCCUGUUCCUGCUCGAAGGGCCAUGUCUCAACCUGCACAUACCAUCACAACCAUACAACGUGCAACUGCUAUUGCUGUCCCAGCACCUCCAACUUCACCAGCACCACUAUACCAAACCCUGGAUGAUGAGUUUGAUGACUGUCUGCUUCAAACUGAGAUCAAUGAAAUAGGAAUGAGGCAGCAGGAGCAAAUACAGGGCUCCACUCUGAGAACAUUGGUGUGCCCUUACUGUCAGAUGGGUGGUCUGGAUGCUAAGGAACUGCGGGAUCACUGCAAUGCCCAACAUGCCUAUGACAGCACACGUGUGGUUUGUCCUGUGUGUGUUGUUUUGCCUCAUGGUGAUCCACAGUACUACAGCCGCAAUUUUAUUGGCCAUCUUAACCUGCGACACUGCUACAACAUUGAGGAUAUAACUAACAUCCACCAGAAUGAUGAAGUCAACUUUCAGUGUGCCCUCAUGGAGUCAUAUAAUGAAAACGUCCCGAUGUAACCAUCAUUUUAAAAAGUGAAGUAACCAUGGUUUUGGUGUAUUGAUUACUAUUUGACAUUAGGGAAAUAUUUUGAAUUGUCAAUAGUGAGGGUUGGCACUAGAUUCUCUUAUUUCUAGAUAGCUUUUACUUUAAUUGAUGCAGUAUGAUGUCAUUAAUAUAUUUUUUCAAUGUUUUGGAGCACACUGGUUAGAUAGAUAUAAACGUAUUCAUACUUAAAGUCUUUCGUUUUGAUUUCAUGGGGAUGUUAAUCAACAAGAUCUUAAUCAGAACCAAGCGUUUAAUUGUUUGAGUAACCGACUGUUUUUACUGAGUCUUAUCAAACUUUAUAAAUAUCUGAUGUAUCUCAGCAUUUGAUUUAUUUUACCUAAAGUUUAAUCAUCUCCAUCAUCCUUGGAUGAUCCAUUUGCACUAUUUAGCACAUGCACUUUAGAUCAUAGAUUCUGAUGAUUUAUCCAAUAUACAGUCAUGGAAGAUGUUUUGGAGAACGGCUUUUGGCGCUACUGGCCUUCCAUAUGCUCUCUCCAGGUCUCGUCUCUGUUCCCGCCCUUUCGUCUCUUUAGUAACAUUGUUAAGUGUUUCAUGACCCACAUGUGUUAUGGUUAAUUAUCCUGUGUUAGUUCACCUUUGAGCAGUCCUCAUGUCUAUUGUCCUGUGCCACUUCAUUUUGUGACAUAUCUCUGAUGAGAGUAUUGUUUAUGCCUGUGAUCUUUACCAAGAGUCAAGUAAGUCAAGUCAAGUCCAGUCAGUGUAGUUAUUUGUCCAGUGUUGUAUUCAUCUAGUCUAGUUAGUCUGUGUUCCUGUUGUCUACUUGAUUAUUCCCUUUGUCAUUAUUGUUUCACCCCCUCGUGGGUCUUUGUUUUGUGUUUGUUUUGUCUGUUGUCCAACACUGUUAUAUUCAAUAUAGAAAUGUAUUUUACGGCACAAAAAAUAUGCAAAAACAUGCAAUGCAUAAAAGUUUAAAUUUCAAAAGACAUUUUGUAAUAAAUAGAAGCUGUGAUUGAAAAGAUUAAAAUAACUAAUAAAAAAAGUUUUAUUUCAAAAACUGUAUAUGUAAUGUAUUUUAACUUCUGUAAUAAAUGUUUGAAUGCUAUGUU